CUGAUUCUCCAAGACGUCAAGCAGCAUUUCUACAUGUGAGCUAUCAGCGUUUCGUUGAAUUAAUUCAGCCUUUUACGCUGUGCUGUAGGCUACGCUUGCUUAAUUUGGUUUCGCCUAUUUAUUUAUUUAUUCCCGCAUCGAUAAUAAUGGACUGAAAGUCGCGGAUAAACAAUAACUACCUGCCGUGAUUUCGUGUUUGUAUAAAUGAUAGAGGAUACGAUGACACUGUUGUCUCUUUUGGGUCGGAUCAUGCGUUAUUUUCUGCUCAGACCAGAGACCUUGUUCCUCCUAUGCAUAAGCCUGGCUCUGUGGAGUUACUUCUUCCACACUGACGAGGUGAAAACCAUCGUUAAGUCCAGCCGCGAUGCUGUCAAAAUGGUCAAGGGGAAAGUGGCGGAGAUUAUGCAGAAUGACAAAUUCAGGGGUCUAGAUGUUCUGGACGCAGAGUUCUCCAAAACGUGGGAGUUCAAGAGUAACAAUGUGGCGGUGUACUCUAUCCAAGGCCGGAGAGAUCACAUGGAAGACCGCUUCGAGGUCCUCACUGACAUCGUGAACAGGAGUCACCCGUCUAUAUUUGGGAUUUUCGAUGGCCAUGGGGGAGAGGCGGCGGCUGACUUUGCCAAGGCCCAUCUGUCGGAGGCGUUGCGUCAACAGCUCCUGAGCUACGACCGGGAGAAGGAGAAGGAGAAGAAUGAGAGCAGCGGUGGUCUGUCCUAUUCCUCCAUUCUGGAGCAGCAGAUCCUGGCUCUGGACAGGGACAUGCUGGACAAGCUGUCAGCCGUCUACAACGAAGCAGGUACCACAUGUCUGGUGGCCCUGCUGUCUGAUAAAGAGUUGACGGUGGCGAACGUUGGCGACUCGCGCGGCGUGCUCUGUGACAAAGAUGGCAAUGCCAUCGCCCUGUCACAUGAUCACAAGCCCUACCAGCUCAAAGAACGCAAGAGGAUCAAGAAGGCUGGUGGCUUCAUCAGUUUCAACGGUUCGUGGCGUGUUCAGGGCGUCCUGGCAAUGUCUCGUUCGCUGGGCGACUACCCUCUGAAGAACCUGAAUGUUGUCAUCCCCAACCCCGACAUCAUGACCUUUGACCUAGAUAAGCUGCAGCCAGAGUUUAUGAUCCUGGCGUCGGACGGGCUGUGGGACGCAUUCAGCAACGAGGAGGCCGUUCGCUUCAUCAAAGAGCGCCUCGACGAACCCCACUUUGGCGCCAAGAGCAUCGUCCUGCAGUCUUUCUACCGCGGGUGCCCGGACAACAUAACCGUCAUGGUGGUCAAGUUCAAAGGUGCCGGUGGCAAGGCCGCAGAGCAGUAGACCUACUGAUACAUCCAAAUGAGAGAUCUAUAUUAUAUAUGAAUAUAUAUGUAUGUGUGUGCAUAGGUUUAAAAGAAAAGCGAAAACAAGCCGGCAGUUUUUGGAGUGAGAACUGUUUGUAUUGAAGAUAUUUACAGAAAUUAGCCAUUCGCCACCAUGAUGCAAACACUUAAAUGUACACCUACAAAUUCACUCACACUCUCGAACAGUCACUUGUUACGUUUUUUUCUUCAAUCCACAUUACGUAUCAUUAAUGUUUUUUAGUAAUUUUUUAAGCAGUCAUCCUCCAGGCCCUACACUGUGUUACUAUUUUGCAGAAGAGGUACACCAAGAUAUCAACAUAAUUUGAAGUCGAGACCAAGUUGCAGUGAUUUGUACAUCACUGAAAAAACCUUUAUCAGCAGAUAUCAUCUGAUUUGGUGCUUACAUACAUCAGAGCACCUGUAACUGAACACCUGUUUGGUUAGCCGGAGGGGCUAAAUAGUUAGGGGGGGGGGGGGGGCAGCAGCAAUCAAACAGACAGUGACUGAUUUGAUUAAGAUGGCAUUAGGAGAUGCAUGCUCUGCGGUCCUCAACAACGGACUGUUGCCUGCAUGAGUGUACCAUGUCAAAUCACAUUCAGUUUGAUUCUUCACUGUCACCCCUUGAUUUCUAACGUUGAUCUGUCGUUCUAAACAUUGGCCAUCUUGUCUGUCGGCUCCAUAGACAUUUAAACCUGUCAGCUCCCUAGCGCCAUGUUGAUUUUUGACCUGCAGUUGAGUACCCCAAAUGACUGCACUGAGAAUUGCAACUGUAUUUUGAAGUUCUGUAGUUUAUUGGUACUAAAUAUAAUAGAUAUCGUUCCUCAUUCAUGCAGACUACUAAUGAUGUCAUCUAUGCCUGUCUGUCGACAACGAUCUGUGGUCAUCCGUCUGCCCAGAAUACAUUUCUUUAACUCUAAUCCCAUGUUAACCCUGAUCUGGGAAUCACUUUGACACUAGUUGCACAAAUGUUUGCACCGUGCUGUUAUUAUUGUUAUGCCUGUCUUUUUUCAUUAAUUAUACAAGUUGAUUUUCACAUGCGUGGUGGCAUUCUACUGUUUGAAUACCCGACACGUCUUUAUUCUGAUCAUUGGCAGCCGAUUGUCUUUCUGAAGUUGGGUUUAGUUCUAUGGACUCAUGCUCCCUCGACAUCAGGGACUGUCACUGUCUGUCAUAUAGUACAGCUUACUUUAAGUUUAUUUCUGUAAACUGACAGACUCAAAACGUAAUAUGAAGCCUUUGAAUGAAAUAUUUACCUGUUGCCUUAUUUUUUUUAAUAUACAUUUCCUCAUGAAUUUGUUGCCAAAACUAACUCCUUGGUUUGUUAUGUUCGUUAAACAUGCACAUCGCAUGUAGAUAUAUCUCACGUGUAGAAUACCAUCACAGAUGUCUCCGUGAGACAAGGAAGUGUGACAUGAAUGUACAUACAGUGCCUUUGGAAAGUAUUCAGACUCCUUGACUUUUUCUACAAAUUGUUACGGUACAGCUUUAUUCUAAAAUUGAUUAAACAAAUAAAAUUCCUCACACAAUACCCCAUAAUAAAGGAAAAACAGAAAUACCUUAUUUACAUAAGUAUUCAGACCCUUUGCUAUGAGACUCGAAAUUGAGCUCGGGUGCAUCCUGUUAACAUUGAUCAUCCUUGGAUGUUUCAACAACUUGAUUGGAGUCCUCCUGUGGUAAAUUCAAUUGAUUGGACAUCAUUUGGAAAGGCACACACCUGUCAAUAGAAGGUCACACAGUUGUCAGAGCAAAAAACAAGCCAUGAGGUUGAAGGAACUGUCCGUAUAGAGCUCUGAGACAGGAUUGUGUCCAGGCACAGAUCUGGAGAAGGGCACCAAAAAAUGUCUGCAGCAUUGAAGGUCCCCAAGAACACAGUGGCUUCCAUCAUUCUUAAAUGGAAGAAGUUUGGAACCACCAAGACUCUUCCUAGAACUGACGGCCAAGCCAAACUGUGCGAUCGGGGGAGAAGGGCCUUGGUCAGGGAGGUGACCAAGAACCCUCAGGUCACUGACACUUAGGUCACUGGUUUGCCUUCCAACAGGACAACAACCGUAAGAACACAGCCAAGACAGUGCAGGAGUGGCUUCAGGACAAGUCUCUGAAUGUCCUUGAGUGGCCAGAGCCAGGACUCUCUGGAGGGACCUGAAAAUAGCUGUGCAACAACACUCCCCAUCCAACCUGACAGAGCUUGAGAGGAUCUGUAGAGAAGAAUGGGAGAAACUCUCCAAAUACAGGUGUGCCAAGUUUGUAGGGUCAUACCCAAGAAGACUCAGUGCUGUAAUCGCUGCCAAAGGUGCUUCAACAAAGUACUGAGUAUAGGGUCUGAAUACUUACGUGAACAUUCAGUUUUUAAUUUUUAAUAAAUUAGCACUUUUUUUAAAUUAAUUUUUUAUAAACUUUUUUUGCUUUGUCAUUAUGGGGUAUUGUGAGUAUAUUUGAGGGGGGGACAAUGUAAUUUUAGAAUGUAACCUAAAAAAAAGUGGAACUAGUCAAGGGGUCUGAAUACUUUAUGAAGGCACUGUACUGUUCCCAUGUUAUCCUCUUCCUCCACAUCUGCAAUGAAGAAAGCAAUGCACCAACUCUUUGGUUUAUUAACAAAAGAGGUAUUUUACUAGAUUAGUAUGUUUGUGCUUUUUCAGUUUCGAAAUAAUGUACAGUGGGGAGAACAAGUAUUUGAUACACUGACGAUUUUGCAGGUUUUCCUACUUACAAAGCAUGUAGAGGUCUGUAAUUUUUAUCAUAGGUAGACUUCAACUGUGAGAGACUGAAUCUAAAACAAAAAUCCAGAAAAUCACAUUGUAUGAUUUCUAAGUAAUUCAUUUGCAUUUUAUUGCAUAGCAUAAGUAUUUGAUACAUCAGAAAAGCAGUACUUAAUAUUUGGUACAGAAACCUUUGUUUGCAGUUACAGAGAUCAUGCGUUUCCUGUAGUUCUUGACCAGGUUUGCACACACUGCAGCAGGGAUUUUGGCCCACUCCUCCAUACAGACCUUCUCCAGAUCCUUCAGGUUUCGGGGCUAUCGCUGGGCAAUACGGACUUUCAGCUCCCUCCAAAGAUUUUCUAUUGGGUUCAGGUCUGGAGACUGGCUAGGCCACUCUAGGACGUUGAGAUGCUUCUUACGGAGCCACUCCUUAGUUGCCCUGUCUGUGUGUUUCGGGUCGUUGUCAUGCUGGAAGACUCAGCCACGACCCAUCUUCAAUGAUCUUACUGAGGGAAGGAGGUUGUUGGCCAAGAUCUCGCAAUACAUGGCCCCAUCCAUCCUCCCCUCAAUACGGUGCAGUCGUCCUGUCCCCUUUGCAGAAAAGCAUCCCCAAAGAAUGAUGUUUCAACCUCCAUGCUUCACGGUUGGGAUGGUGUUCUUGGGGUUGUACUCAUCCUUCUUCCUCCAAACACGGUGAGUGGAGUUUAGACCAAAAAGCUCUAUUUUUAUCUCAUCAGACCACAUGACCUUCUCCCAUUCCUCCUCUGGAUCAUCCAGAUGGUCAUUGGCAAAGUUCAGACGGGCCUGGACAUGCGCUGGCUUGAACAAGGGGACCUUGCGUGCGCUGCAGGAUUUUAAUCCAUGACGGCGUAGUGUGUUACUAAUGGUUUUCUUUGAGACUGUGGUCCCAGCUCUCUUCAGGUCAUUGACCAGGUCCUGCCGUGUAGUUCUGGGCUGAUCCCUCACCUUCCUCAUGAUCAUUGAUGCCCCACGAGGUGAGAUCUUGCAUGGAGACCCAGACAGAGGGUGAUUGACCGUCAUCUUGAACUUCUUCCAUUUUCUAAUAAUUGCGCCAACAGUUGUUGCCUUCUCACCAAGCUGCUUGCCUAUUGUCAUGUAGCCCAUCCCAGCCUUGUGCAGGUCUACAAUUGUAUCCCUGAUGUCCUUACACAGCUCUCUGGUCUUGGCCAUUGUGGAGAGGUUGGAGUCUGUUUGAUUGUGUGUGUGGACAAGUGACUUUUAUACAGGUAAUGAGUUCAAACAGGUGCAGUUAAUACAGGUAAUGAGUGGAGAACAGGAGGGCUUCUUAAAGAAAAACUAACAGGUCUGUGAGAGCCGGAAUUCUUACUGGUUGGUAGGUGAUCAAAUACUUAUGUCGUGCAAUAAAAUGCAGAUUAAUUACUUAAUCAUACACUGUGAUUUUCUUGAUUUUUGUUUUAGAUUCCGUCUCUCACAGUUGAAGUGUACCUAUGAUUAAAAAAAUACAGAUCUCCACAUGCUUUGUAAGUAAGAAACACUGCCGAUUUUGCAGGUUAUCAAAUACUUGUUCUCCCCACUGUAUGUUACCAAAUGUUUAUGUGGAGUUUGUAUUUGUUUUUGUUGAAUUUAAGAAACUGUAAAAAAUAUAUAUAUCUGUGUAUUUUAAGAUAAAAUCAAACCGAUAACAAUAAAAGGAUUAAUGCUCAUA